UUUUUUUUUUUUUUUUGUUUAUUCAGACUUAAUAUUUAUCUAUUCAUCCUCCUUACUUUACUUUUGAUAAAUUGUUAAGUAUAAUUUCAAACCAGCAUUAUGUACACACAGUGUGUAUAUAUAUAGGAAGAGGAAGAGGAAGAUUUUACCUAGCGGCCACGUGAGAGUCACGCGCAUAUGACUUUUUGUAAAAAAAAGAAAGAAAAAAGAAAACUCCCCGUCGUCACACGCCUUCCACAAAACGUCCUCCAAGUUCUCCCCGUCACAGCCUGGCAACCUUCUUUUUGACUAACCUCUCCACCCAAUACCCUCUAUACACGUGUCUCCAUGAAGGUGACGCAUGUGUUCCCCAUACAGCUGUCUCCUUUGUUCAUAUCCAAAUCCCUCCCACUAUAAAUUACCAACACCCCUUUCCCUUCUUCCGAAAUUCAAAAAAUCCUCACUCUAUCCCCCUCCUCCUCCUUUUCCUCAUCAUGCCUUCUUCUAUUCACUAUCUUGCCACUCUCUCUUUCACUCUCUUUUUCUUCUUUUCCUCCCCCGACCCUGCUCUCGGCCGCAAACUGGCAGCCCUCCUCCAGCAACAGCCCUUAACUCUCGAGUACCACAAGGGUUCUCUUCUCAAAGGCAAUAUCACCAUCAACUUUAUUUGGUACGGCCAAUUCACAUCCUCACAGCGCUCUCUAAUCCUCGAUUUCAUUCAAUCUUUAACCUAUUCUCGAGCUCCCCCACCAUCCGCCUCUCUCUGGUGGAAGACGACCGAGAAUUACAAAGGCGGGACCUCCAAUCUUGUAGUCGGAAAACAGAUACUUCACGAGUCUUACACUUUGGGGAAAAAUCUGAACAACCUGCAUCUUAGAGCUUUAGCGAUGAAGGUGAACCAGUUGAAUUCGGUGAACUUAGUGCUGACGGCGAAGGAUGUGGCCGUAGAUGGAUUCUGCCGAAGCCGGUGCGGGACUCAUGGCUCGGUUUCGGUGGGUCGGAGCAGGGCAAGAACGGCAUAUGUGUGGGUUGGAAACUCAGAAUCUCAAUGUCCUGGGUACUGUGCUUGGCCGUUCCAUCAGCCUAUUUACGGUCCUCAGACGCCGCCGUUGAUCGCCCCUAACGGCGAUGUUGGUGUUGAUGGAAUGAUCAUCAAUUUGGCCACCGUACUUGCAGGAACUGUGACGAACCCUUUCAACGACGGGUACUAUCAGGGACCACCGACGGCGCCGCUAGAAGCUGUUUCUGCUUGCACCGGGUUAUUCGGGUCCGGAGCGUAUCCGGGUUACCCAGGUAAGGUUCUGGUUGACAAGGUGACCGGAGCUAGUUUCAAUGCCUACGGCGUCAAUGGACGGAAGUUUCUACUACCGGCAAUGUGGGACCCGAAGUCGUCUGCAUGUAAGACGUUGGUGUGACGUGGCAGACGAGGACGACACGUGGCAGUGGAGACUCUUAUCUGUGCUCUUCUUUUUGCUUUGUAAAUAUAUAAUACAUAAAAUGUGUCAGAAAUGUGAUCCACGAAAAUGGGCUUGGUUGCCGAAUGGUUGGCUAGAUGGAUGAAACGUUGUCGUUUAGGUUGUGGUGAUUUGUAAAUUCGCAUUUUGAAAAAUGGAGGAAAAGAGAUAAAAGAAAAAAGAAAAAAGAGAAGGGAGAAGGAGAAACAAUGAAUAAUGUAAACUUUAUUUAAAGAAAAAAAAGAAAGGAAUUUUAAAAACAAAAGGAAGGAAAGAAGCUGCAAUAAUUAUGUUGUA